CAAAGCGAGGCGAACCUCACCAUUCUGGUGGAUGAUGUGAACGAUAAUGCUCCAAUCUUUACUCAAGACUUGUAUCAGGUGACUGUAUCAGAGCACCUCCCAGCAGGCAGUGCAGUCGUCACAGUAACAGCCACUGACUCUGACUUUGGGGAGAACGGCAAGAUUAUCUACAGAGUAAUGUCAUCAACUAGGGGAGUCUUCUACAUCGACCCUAGCAACGGCACUCUGUUCAGCAACCAAAAAACAGAGUUUGAUUUUGAGAACCCCUCCAUCCUGGUGCUUAUUGAGGCGCAUGACCAGGGCACUCCACCCCUUUCAUCUAUAGCCACCGUCCAGGUUCAGGUGUCUGAUGUCAACGACAAUGCCCCCAUCUUCCACCAGUCAGAGUACAGAGCCACAGUGUGUGAAGAUGGGCUUCCUGGAUCCACUGUUCUGACCUUGGAAGCUGUGGAUGGAGACUUGUCACGGGACAACUGUGGCUUUGAUUUUGCCAUAGCAAGUGGCAACUCUGGUAAUGCCUUCCAGAUUGAGAGCAGUGUGCGCUUCUUGGAGGGCCAGGGCUUCCAGACGGUCGGCACCCUGAUCCUGGUGGAGCAUCUGGACUUUGAGGCAGUGCCAAGUUAUAACCUGACUGUUGUUGUAUCAGACCGUGGAAUCCCUCAGCGUAGCUCCAGCGUGCCUAUCCUAAUCAGUGUUACAGACGCCAAUGACAACCCUCCUGCUUUUAGCCGAGCAGAGUACAGUGUGGUGCUGAGUGAAGGUGCAGCAGCAGGGACAGAGAUUUUGCUUCUGUCUGCCACAGAUCCAGACUCUGCUCCUAAUGGAGAGGUCCAGUAUUCCAUAAGCUCAGGAGAUGAGACGGACCUUUUCCAGGUGGACCGGUGGACAGGAGCCUUAAGGCUGCAGAGACCUCUGAAAAGUGAGAGACAGUUGUCCCAUACGAUUGUUGUCCAGGCGACUGAUGGUCAAGGGCACUUCUCUUUGGCCCCAGUCAUUAUCGAGAUAAAGGACAUCAACGAUAACAGGCCCUUCUUUCCCCUCAAACUUUUAACUGCGAGCAUCAGGGAAAACCAACCCAAGAAUGCCUUAGUCACCAUGUUGCAUGCAAUCGACCACGACAGAGGUGUUUUUGGACAGUUAAAGUAUUACCUGUUAGACAGCUCUAAUGAGGGAAAAGAGGCCUUCAUCAUCAACCAAACUUCCGGGGAGGUACGGACUCGCUCGACCUUUGACUUUGAGAAAGUUAACUCCUUCAGCUUUGUGGCUGUUGCCAUGGAUGCUGGAAACUAUUCUGCGUCUGUAACAGUACAGAUUUAUGUCACAGGGGAGGAUGAAUAUGAUCCUGUUUUCACCUCCUCAGAGUUCUCGUUUGAAGUGCCUGAGGGAGCAAAGAAAGGUCAGAUUAUUGGGAAAGUACAAGCCAGAGACGAAGACGGAGGCGUGGACGGCAUUGUCCUGUAUUCCCUCUCAGACGGUUCGCCUUAUUUUGAAGUCAAUAAAUCAACAGGAGCAAUUUCUUUAAUAAUGGACAGCUACAGCAGACACACGAGUCGCUCUAAAAGAGAGCUGCGUCUGAUGACACUGGAAGUGACUGCUCAGAGUCCUUUAGAGACAUCCCGUGUAGCAGUAGCCAAAGUUUCCGUAGAUGUGACCCACACAUCUUUUGGACUCUCCACAGACAUGAAUAUGCUGCUCAUCAGUGUCAUCGCAGUUUCUCUUGGAACUAUAGUCAUACUAAUAAUAAUUGCUGUGGCACUGUUUUUUGUUAAAUUAAGACGUAAGACGAAGGACCAAAAAGGUUGUGGAAGAACACCAGCAUCAGGCACCAUGCUGCACAAGUUUGAAGAAACGAAAAUAGCAGCAAAUGAAAUGAUUUAUCAUCAGGCCCUUCCUGGAUACGUGGCCAAUCAGAGCGGCAGCAGUGGAGGUCAGUACACACGGGGAGGAUCACUGGAUCCCUCCCACUCCAGUGGGCGGGGCUCUGCGGAGGCUGAGGCAGCAGAAGAUGAUGAGAUCAGAAUGAUAAAUGAAUACCCUCGAGUGUCAAGUAUCUCCUCGUCCAUGCAGGAGCGCAUUUCUGCCCGAGGUCCUGACUCUGGAAUCCAGCAGGAUGCAGAUCAGCUUUCAGAUGUUUCCUGUGAGCCAUCCAUAGAUUGGUUCAGAGGGAAAAAACUAGGCAGUGUGAAUAGUACAUUAUUAGCUGGCCAGGUGCCGGUCUACAGGGAUGAAGGGGUUGGGUAUGUGGGUGUGGGACGGGGACUCAGCAUUUCCCACCCUAAAGAUUAUACUUUCCCAGAGGAUGGGAAGCCUGCUGUGGACGGCUCCUUGACAGCCAUUGUGGCCAGUGAUGAGGAGCUGAGGGGCAGCUAUAACUGGGACUAUCUACUAAACUGGUGUCCCCAGUUUCAACCCUUAGCAAAUGUUUUUACUGAAAUAGCACGUUUAAAAGAUGAAACCGCUCCCCCCCAUCCUCGCAGGUCAUUUCAUCACAAAGCAAAGGCCGAGUCAAGAAUCGACCCCCCGCCUCUUAUAACUUCUGUGGCCCACCCUGGGGCAAAAACCGUCCCUCCAAAGCCUGCAGUGGGGAGGACUUAUCCUAGCUUGGCUUCUUUUCGAAGAUCUCCCCUGAGUGCUGAGGGAUCCAUCUCCUCAGUCGCCAUGUCUCCAAGCUUCUCCCCCUCUCUCUCACCACUGGCAGCACGGUCUCCUGCUAUCACCCCCUUCAAUGUCUCACAGGGCCCCUCUGCAUCAAUGAUCAGCACAACUGAGCACCAUUUGGAACACAUUGAGGAAGCGGAGCUCAGGAUUUAAGUUCCAGAAAAGAAUUCUUGAGAGUGACUUCAAAUUGAGUCAUUGCUGUCUCAGACUUUUUCUACUGUAUGACCACAGAGGCUGCAGACUGAAAGGAGUCAAUGCUGUUCACUUUUCCUUUGUCUUACUUAAGAGAACACGUAAACAAGGUUACACUUAGAAGUCCAAAUAGCUGAAGCUCUGGUGCUUACUGAAGAAAAAAUGAACUACAUGACUGGCUAAAAUGAACAAAGCAUUUUGUGUAUGUGUGUGAGUGAACGUGAGUGUGUGUGUGUAGGAUUAAGAAACUCCUUUUUUUUUCUGUUGAUCAGUGUUAAUUUGCACAUUCAAACGGAGAUUCAUACAUGAUGUCAAUAUUUUGUACAAAGCAUUGUCUAUAUUUUUAUACUUCUAGUGGUUUCUGACAAGAAAUGGCAUUAAAGUGUCAAAGGUUGCUUAACCUCAGAAUAUAUUUCUUUAUUUGUAUAUUUGUUAAUUGUACUGUAUACUUGUUUUACUGUACUGUAAAUCGAUUUAAUCUCAUGUAAUGUUUAACGUGUGGUUUGAAAUGAAGUUCUUCAUAAAUGCUUUUUGAAUUGGGAUUAUUGUAAAUAUUAAUAGAGGAGGAAAUGUCCUUGCUUGAACAAAUGAAACAUCAGUCAGAAUAGAGUGUUGUGUGAUCAGAUUUUCGACAGUCCUGUGUUUGAUCUCACAUCAAAAGGUAAUCGUGAAUGUGAAAUGCUGAGUUGUUUAAGUCCUCGACAUAGGUCUCUGCAUUUUCUGUGAAGACUGAAUUUGACAUCCAGUGAUCGUGUCCUUCAGGUGUCCUGGCUUUAACUUUUCACUGUGAGCCUUACUGCUUUCACUUUGCAUUGUGAAAAUAGCUGUGUGAUAAAUGUAAAACUGUUUGCUUUAUCUGCGGUGUAAUUAUUCCACAGAAUGUGAGCAAGUUUGUGCCAUUUGUCUCCUCAUCUAAUGCUCAUUAGUCAAAUGUUUAAGAAACAUUAAGGCUCUAAAUCAGAACUGCCCAGACUCUGAAAAGUAGCCAUUUCCAUUUUUGUCCAGAUUUAUUGCAUAUGAGUAAAAAAAAAAAAUGGUAAUGAAUGUCAUUUGAACCACAUUUGUCCUGAUAUGUUCUAUAGCACUACUAGAAUACUAUGUGGAUUACUAUAAAAUGUUACUUUUGAAAGAGUGAAAGUGUUUAUUUAUGAAUGUUCAAUCACAACCAGAAUGUUUCCAAGUUAAUUAAAAGAAAUUCAUGUCAUGUACAUGUUUAGCCAUGAUUCACAAAAUGCUUGUACACAGAUGCCUAUGUCUUAGAUACAUCCAUGAAUGUGUUUUUGUUGCCUUUACAAAAUGAAAUGUCUACAUUAACAAUUACAUAGUGCCCUUACAUGACCUGAACGUGGAUUUCUAUCUCUUUAAAAAAAAUUAUAAUAUUGCUUAUUGGCUUAAUAAUACUGUCUAAGGUAUCGCUAACAUUAAACAGUAUUUUUAUUUAUUAUAGUUUGACCUGAGAAGCUGAGAGGCUUGUUAAAUUAUUAACAAGUAUGCUAUUUUGACCAUGGCCAAAUAUAUAGAAACACUACCUAUUUGAUCAAAUGAAGGUACUUGAUGUUUGUAUUGUUUUCUAUUGAUUGGUGUUAGCUGCCACUUAUUUAAUGUUUGUCAAAACUGCACAAAACAGUGCCAUAAAAGAGAAAAUCCUCCAAAUGUUCACACUUUUACACUUCAGAGAAAUGUUUUUGAGCAAAAAGUGCCUGAUUAAAGUACUUAUGAGAACA